GAGGUGAAGAGAGAAGAGCAAGCGAGCCAGCGCUCGACCGAAGCGGCGGGUAGGCUUGGAGGGAGCUCCUGGAAGAGCCGGGCUGUAAUGAAGGCUGCGGCGUGGGUGCUGCUGGGCUGGGUGCUGAGCGGGAAGAGCUUCCAGGGAGAAGCCCAGCAGGGUAUCAAAUGCUAUAAAGAAGAUGGGCCUCAUCGUGAGUUGAAACAAGAACAUAAAUUCACACCAGCAGAUCUUUUUAAUAUCAGCAUCAAGAUUGUUGAAAUACAAGGAAUGUGUAACUUCAACAUAACCUGGAUCCUUAAUGCAGACGCCAGUAUAAAAUACUUGAAGGCAACCAAGAUAUGUGAAUUCCAUCAAGGCUGUAUUCGAUGUGACUACUUAGAAGCAUUUCAAAGUCAAACCAUGUCUGAACAUCAAAAAUGGCAAUUCAACUUUGUUGGAUUCUCUGUAGAAGAAAAUACUAAUUACUUCAUUGAUGUUUACAACCUUCCACCAGCAAAUAUAGAUGAAGAUCAUUCAAAAAUACAGAAACAGCUAGCUUCUCCAGACUGUGAAGAUAAUAGCAUGAAAUAUUGCCAAAACUGUAUUGAAAAAGGGAGUUUAUGGGAUCCAAAUAUAACAAUAUGUAACAGGAAAUUUGAACUAGAAGUGAAUUUUACACCUAGUAACUUUUGUUCUAAAUAUAAAAUCCAUCUUUGUGACUCUCAUGAAUGCCAUAAUUCGAUUCUUCAUGUUGUGCCUACUACCAAGGGAAGCAGUAUUAGAGUUUCUGAAAAAAUAAGAAUGAAUGAUCAAGAAAGAAACAUAAUAUUUCAAGAGCUAAUUCCUUAUUUUCCAGGAUGUGAAAAUGACUGCAAAAGAUAUUCAUACUAUCAAACAGUUUGCAGUGAAGAACCUAUCCCUGAACCAAAAGCUACAGCUUCGAUAGUAAACAGGCCAGAUAUGAAAAAAACAUAUGCUGGCAUGUCCGUCACUUUAGUUCUGAUAGUGUGCAUAGUUGCUGCUGUGCUUUAUUUCAAGAGUAGGCCUGGUCUGGCAAGUAAUCUGGCUCAUUUCCAUCCUAUAACAGCACAAAAACCCAUAACAAUUCUUGUUGUAUAUUCUCAAGAAGCCUGCUUACAGCACACCGUCCUAAGUUUUGCUGAAUUUCUACAGGAAUAUUGUCACUGUAACGUUAUAAUAGACCUGUGGCAAAAACGGAAAAUUGCUGAAAUAGGACCUGUGCAAUGGCUUGCUACUCAGAAAGGAAUUGCUGAUAAAGUCAUUUUUCUUUGCCCAACCCACUCAAGCGCUUCGUGUGAUUCAACUUGUAAGACCAUUAUAGAAAACCAGAAGAAUUCUGAAUGUAUGUUCACUCUUGCAUUACACUUCUUCUGCAGUGAUUGGAAAAUGGAUUCUUCUCUUUGCAAGUACAUGGUUGUUUCUUUCAAUGAAACACAUCCGGACCCAGUUCUCCCAAGUCCAUUGAGCAUCUGCCCAAACUAUUUUUUAAUGAAAGAUAUAGAUUCCUUUUGUAGAGACCUUUCCUUUUCACAGAGUCAGAGAUAUAACGCUGCAAAGGAGAAGUGGACCUGGAAAUUUAACAUUAGACCUGGAUUGCAUGUAUAGUAUUAAAAUAAAGUUACGCUUUUUUCUCUUCUAACUAUAAAAGUGAAUUACUGUUGUAAGUUGGAAACAUUCAUACUUUUAUAUCCCUAAUUAUUUGCACUAUUUUUAUAUUUUACUGCUUUAGUAUACAAAAACUAACAAAAACAAUACAAAAAUUAAAUAUUGGUACAAAGGUUAAUAAAAAAGGAAGAAAUUACACUAUGACCACAUGAUAUAUUAGUUUGUCUAUCCAGCAAUUAUCUUCAAUCCAGAAUUUUAAAUCUAGUACAGAAGCCUUAUUCCAUAGGAGUAGCAUGGUGGUCUAGAAGUGCAUCUCACAAACAGGAGGCUGUGAGUUCAAUCCUAGGUCACAACACAUAUUUCUCUUUCUGGGCAUAAAGAGAAAAUAACUACUGUGAGCUCCGCAUAGGUGUUAGGAAGAGCAUCCAGAAGUAAAUGCUCAACUCCAUUCAGUCGUCUCGAUUCCACCUUGAUGCAAGGGAUUACAGGGUUGUUAAAGGGGAAAAAAACAUGCUUCAUCCCAUAGAAGUAAAACCAUCUUUUUGGUUACUCUCCAUGCACAAUAAAUUGGUAAACGCCAGAUGUUUGAUGUACAUGUUCAGCAUGACAUUCACAUUCUGAAACUUCCAUAUAAACAAAUGUAGAAAAAAUGAGCCAAAACAGGAUCACCAGAAACUAGCUGAAAAUAUGUCCUCUCAUAUUGCACUUCCAGACUACAGAAUUGAAACUGAUAAGACAUUCAACAGCAAACUUACUGAGAAUCCAAUAAAUAAAUAUUUUCUUGAAUUAAUUUCAACUUUAGAUCAUAAGAUAUAUAUUCUUUAAAAUGCUGUUGAUUUGCUCAAAUGGGAUAUUCCAGUUACAUUUUGAAUAUUUCUCAUCAAUAGCUAAUGUUUAAUUUAGUGAUACUCAGUUGUCUUUACAAAUGAACUAUACUUACAAAUGAA